CGACGGUCAAAAAAUCCACCACAAUGGGGCAACCAGUAUUUAACAAGGAGCUACACAUUAAGUACUGGCAUCGCUGCCUUAAAUCUGUAUUGCCUACAGAAUAUACCAGCACCGACUCCUCACGACUCUCGUUGGGCUUCUUUAUCCUAUCUGCAUUCGACCUGCUCGGUGUCGGUGGAGAACAACUAGACCGCAAAGAUGUAGCUGGUCUCAAGCAAUGGAUCCUCAAUUGCGAGCACCCAAACGGGGGGUUUUGUGGAAGCCCGAAUCACAAAUACCCAAGUGCAUACUAUCGGACCGCGACGGACACUCCGUCUGACAUGGAUCCCGCAAAUUUACCAGCGACAUUCUUCGCUCUCAUGGCCCUAAACUUUGUGGGCAAGGUUGGCGAGGUGGACCGCAAAAAGUGUUUGAAGUGGCUACAGAAGCUUCAACGAGAAGAUGGCAGUUUUGGAGAAACGUUGGGGAAGGAUGGAAAGAUUGAAGGAGGGCGGGAUAUGCGAUAUUGUCAGUGCGCUGCGGCAAUACGGUGGAUACUAAGAGGGGAUUUGAAGUCAAAAAGCCAAAAGGAGGUUGAUGAUAUCAAUGUUGAUGGAUUGGUCGGGCAUAUACGCAAGGCGGAGACUUAUGAUGGAGGUUUUGGGGAGAGCUUCGAACAUGAGUCUCAUGCUGGCUAUACAUACUGUGGAAUUGCUUCUUUGAGCAAUCUGGGCCGUCUCCCAGGAUCAUUAUCGAAGUCUGAGUCGGGGGCUGAGCCUUCAGAUUCAAAAUUAACUGGUGUUACCAACCUCCAGGAUACCAUUCGCUGGUUAAUGUCACGACAAGUCAACUAUGUAGAGUCUGAUGACGAGGAAGACGACGAGGAGCCCCAAACAAAACCAGAAGUAUCUUCAAACCCCACGAAUAACGAAAUAGAGCAACUGGCAGCGGUAGGGUUAUCUCUGGAAGACACAUAUGCUAUUGGGUGCAACGGCAGGCUCAACAAGGGGCCCGAUACAUGCUACAGCUUUUGGGUUGAUGCAUCUCUUUAUAUCCUCGGCCAAUCCAAGCUCAUCAAUAGAGAGGGAUCGCGACGUUGGCUUAUCGAAAAGACGCAACAUAUGAUAGGGGGAUUUGCCAAGGAACCAGGCUACCCUCCUGAUAUUUAUCACUCUUACCUUGGUUUGGGCACAUUAGCAAUGCUCGGAGAACCAGACUUGAAGACCUUUGACCCUGUGUUAUGUGCCAGCCAGGAGGCAAAAUCCAAGAUCGAACGCGACAUCGCGGAAUUCUUAGAGCCGGAUGCCCCAGGAAAGUCUGUGUGGGACAACAUAGUUCUUAUGGGAGAUAUGGCCCCAGUCUCGGACGGUAAGUUUCCCAAGUUCUGGACCGAUGCUGAAGAAAAGCACAAGAAAAUGAAAGAAGAGGGGACCCUUCCAUUCCAGCCCUUUGCGCCACAAAAUGUGUGGAGCGGCGAAACUUAGGAUAUAGACUUGUAUGAAUGAUACCCAAAUCCGAAAGUUUCUAUGGA